GGUGAUAAGCGAUGGUGCAGAUGGGUGGAGGCAGCGAGCUGGCCAUCGUGGUCUCCAUCGUGGUGUGCUGUGUGCUGCUGCUGCUCUGCACCGUGGCACUGGUGGUGUACUGCACUAAGAGCCGCAGGGCAGAGAGGUAUUGGCAGAAGACUCUAUUACAGAUGGAGGAGAUGGAGUCACAGAUCCGCGAGGAGAUACGCAAAGGUUUCGCGGAGCUGCAGACUGAUAUGACGGAUCUGACCAAGGAGCUGAGCCGGACACAGGGAAUCCCCUUCCUGGAGUACAAGCAGUUCGUCACUCGCACCUUCUUCCCUAAGAUGUGCUCUGACUACGAGAGGCGUCUGGUUCAGCCCAUGUAUGAGAACGAUCCCCUGGGCCCGAGAGCUCUGUCUGAGACCCAUCCUCUGCUCCAGGACUGGCAGGUGAGACACUCUAGCAUCUCUGAGCGUGUGUGUUUGCAGUGAAGUACACGUUCAGCA